UAUAAUAAAAAAAAAUAAAAAAAAAAGACCUAAACAGAGGUCUAAAAUCCAAUUCAAUUUUUGAAGGAAUGAACAACUUUACCUCCGGGUACCCCUUGUUGAUUUUCGAUCUCCUCAGAUCUGCUCUGGAAUCCACACCAUAUGCCUCCGGUUCUUUUCAUUUUAGUUUUCCAUCAGCUUCCACUAUAUGGAAUACACUCUACAACAGGUGCUGAUCCUUUCUAUUGGAUGCGUGUUAUCCUUGCAUCAAACCGUGGAACUAUUAUGGAACUUGGUAUUACCCCCAUUGUGACAUCUGGAUUGGUGAUGCAACUCCGGGCUGGUUCAAAAAUCAUCGAGGUGGACAACAGUGUUCGUGAGGAUCGAGCACUCCUAUUGGCAAAAGUAGAAUUCGGAUUUGGAUCGGGGGAAAAAUCAAAAUGGUUGACUAGUCGUCUCGUUCCGAUUAUCGUCUUCCGAGACACUGGAAAUGUAUCCGGGCUAAAGUCCCGCAGGCUUCGUGCUGGAAAUGUAUCCGGGCCAAAGUCCCGAGUUUAA